UGACAUGUUUACUUCUGUGUUUACUCGCUCAGCUGAUUGACAUGGCCUUGAAUCAACAACUAUUUGCCUUCUAGUAGAGAGGAGAAUUGAUCAUGAAUGGACAGGGGCUUGAUGAUCGUUAUGACAUCCUUUCUGUUAACAAAAGUCUUGAUGAGCUGGGUAUGUUAAGUACUGUUACAGAGAGCCGAAAGGAAUAUUUACAAGAGUGUUUGAGAGACGGUAUGGAAAAGCUAAACGUAGAUCAACCAGGGCCCUCUAGUGCCCGCUGGGAUCCACAAAAGAGUCCCAAAAGUCCUGGAUCUUCAAACUCUACUGAAAAGGAAAACACAAACCUUGGAGGAUUUCAAGUACUUACCAUGAAUUCAACCUUCAUAACCAGUUUUAAAGCUGGUUACGAAUUGCCUUGUCAUGGGAUUAGAGAGCCAACUUCUAAAAGAGUAUACAAAUGUAGUUUAACUCGCAGACGGCGGUUGCGUACACACCCUUAUGACAAUAACAUGCCUGUGCCUAGUACCAGUGAAACACCAGUUUAUAACAAUGGUUCAUAUCGCUUGCGAACAACAAGUUUAAGUAGUGGGACUAGUAAAAGUCGUGGGAAUAAUAGAAGCCAUAAUGGUAGUUGUAGUAGCAAUGGUAAUAAUGGGCCUAUGUUGGUCAGAUCUCGAAGUAUGGAAAACUUGUCUGCUUCAAUAAAUGAUGGGUUGAUUCUUUCAUCUAAGCCAAGAGAGCUGGAGACUGUAUCCAGAGGUAUACAGCAACUAAAGAUGGAUGACUGUGUGUGAGAUUCACAGUUGGUGUGUUUAUCUGGCUAGUACACUACAUAUUACAUGUAUUAAUAUUUUUAAAAGAGAAAAUCACCUGCUGUUGGAAGUUUCUUCAAUCUGCAUAUUUCUGAUUCAGGAAAUAAAGUUAAGAACUUCCAUUGUGCAGCAUCCAAGAAAUAUUCCAUCACUAAGUUGUUUCUUUUGUGGCAGAUGGAUGUAUUCUAGACUUGAUUUGUUAUUUUUGCUUUUUUGGGGGAAGUGUUGCUCUUGGUUAAAUGGUUAUCAGCAGUUGAAACUGAAAUGUGAUACGGUUCAGAUCUGAAGCCAAAGUAUUGAAAUGAGUUGCAUAUAUGGCCUUUGAUUGUGAAGUUGUUAUAUUUUUAUGUUACUUUAUUAAGAUCAAACCUUGUUAAUUUGAUAUUGAAGGACAGGAAAUUUAUUUAACUUCAAUCAGGUACAGUGCUUUUGUCUUGACAGUUCUACCUCAUGAUCAUUAUAGAUAUUUUUAAUGGUGAAUAUAUUUUAUUGGUACAAAUGUUAGAAUAUCAUGAAGAGAGAAUUGCUGUAGGCUUUGUUUGUUUAUACACCAAUGUGUUUGAGGGAACUAUCCAUUCAUAGAAAUAAUUAGCAACUAUUUGCAGGUAAGAGGCCAACAAAAGUUUGACAUUGAUAAGGGUAAUAUAAGGUGAUGAUUUUUUUAACAUAGAGCAAAGAAUUUAAAUGUCAUAACUGGAGAACUAAGAAUUUAUAUGCCAAAGAUUAUGUCCUACUCUCGUGUAUAGAAAAAGUGAUAAUAGUAGUAAAUUAGAAUAUUUGUUUAUGAAACUUAAAAUGCUUCUAUACCUUUCCUUAUAACAGAAUGUACUGAAGCUCACAUUUGUAGCAAAAAUAACAAAUAUUUAGUAUUUUUAAGGCUUAUAUUUGAAUGUUCACACUUUAUAUGUAAACUGUACAUGUUCAGUUCAUCAUUUCUUGAGUAUGCACACAAAAGUAAUAGGUUCUAGCCAGUGUACAUGAGAAAGAAAAAUCUGUGGGAAAGAAAGCAUUCAUAAGCUUAAUUUUUUUUUUUUUUAAUGCUUAUAUUCUUCCCCUAUGAGCUUGCUAUAUUACAGCAGUGUUUGGUGGUUUGGACUUCUAAUGGAUAUGCAUUGAAUUACAUCAUAUCAAUAAGAACUGAAAUGAUAAUGAUCAAAUGGAUGAUUUAUAUGAUAUACGUUAAAAUUAGAAGAUGAAAAUCAUAGUUGAAUUCUUGUAACCUAAUGGAAUCUGCAUUAAGUCCUUUUCAGAAAUUAACAAGGUUUGGUUUCAUUUACAUUUAUUAAUUUCUGUAGUGAUUUACUAACCUUUUUUAAUGGAUUUGCAAGGCUUUGUCACAUUCAUGUUCUGUCUAUGUAGUAGUUCAUAUAAAGCUUUUAUGGUUUGUAUCUUCUUUGUAUAUAGUGCUUGUAUUACAUGAUGAAAAAUAGAAGUUAUUAGAAUGCUUAUAUAUAGUAGUAGUUCAUAGUAUAUUCAUACUUAAAUGUAUAAAAUCCCAGUAAGAAAUUGGAUACAAGGUUGAAUAGCUUGUAUUUUUAUAUAUUCAGACAAAGGAUAGGAGUGUAGUUUGUGAUCUCAUUUGGUCUCUGAUGAUUGAACAUUUGGUUAAUCACUUGAUAUUUUUGGUAAUUAUUAUUUUUUUAGAGGGAGAGAAAAAAAGAAAAACAGACAGAGAGGCAAGCAGACAUAAAUACCAUAGGCAUUCUUGUAGCAUUCAUGGACAGCCAGCCCUAAGUUUAUUUUAUGUUGAAAAAUUAAUUAAGGAAAACUUAAGUCAUUUACUACAUUGCUUUAUCAAUUUAAAUUCAUUUUGAUAAGAUAUUAGUAACAAUUAGUAACAGUUAAUAAGUUCAGAGUGUGUGCAUAUUUCAGUAGUAUUUCUCUUCAUGCUAGAAAACAUAACAAAAAUCAAUAGUGUAUAAAUCUGUGGGUAUGGGUGGUUGGGUGUAGGUAUGUGCUUGCACAAGCACAUGGACAUAAGAAGAAAUCAAAUGGAAAAAUAUCCACAGCAAAAGGGGACAAAAGCUAUAUUUCAAAUAUAUACUUAGAACCAUAGACAUCCACUUUUUUUUUUUUUUUUUCAUCUUCUUCUUCUUCUUCUUCUUCUUCUUCUUCUUCUUCUUCUCCUUCUCCUUCUCCUUCU